GGUACAAAUAGUGAAUGCUAACGUAUUCCUUCGUCUGCUUUACCAGCAUUAUCGUCGCAUCGAGUGGACGGGCAACAGCAACAGACAGAGGUAUUAACAUCAGUUACAAGCAGCAAUAGUAGCUCUAACAUACAUCAUCAACGUCAACAUCGCUGUCGACGUCAUUACCAACAUCACCAACAUCAACACUGUCGUCCCCAGCGUAAUCUAUAUUGCUUAAUUUUGCUGCAUCAGUUAGGCGUCCAACAACAGCAGCCAAACACACUCUUUAGAAAUGUUUUAAACUAUAUAUAUAUUUAGCUACAUACUCUAAAGCUUUUUCAACAUAAAAACACAAACCUAUUCAUUUUUUUUUUUUACUUUCUUCCCUAUCUUUUUUUUUUUCUUCUUCUGCCUGUUCGAACAUAGACAUCGAAUCAUCCAGCACACCAUCGCAUCAAACCAGUGACGAAGAAAACACCCCCUCAACACCACAAAAAAAAAAGAAAGAAAAAAAAAGUCGAUUGCCGCAAAGUGACCGACUGAAAUAAUCAGACAAACAAACCAAUAUUCUCUGCUUGGAUAAUAGAGAGAGAGAGAGAAAGAGAGAGGGAGAGAAGAGAAAAGGUGCUUGGCAGUUUCCGAGAGAUUGUCUUGGUGAUUUUUACUCUUCAAGACAUAAAUAGCCGGUUGCGUAUUGUCUGUCACAGAAGAUAGACUAACAUUGCCACAUUUCUUUUCAAAGAUUUUAAAAAAAAAUAAUAAUAGUUGAGAGAAUUUUAACAAAACUCUACAACAAUGUUUAGACAACAGAGCUGGUCGAAGCGAGAAUGUAUCAGCAUCCAUGUUGGACAGGCUGGUGUGCAAAUGGGCAACUCAUGCUGGGAGUUGUAUUGUCUGGAGCACGGGAUUGAACCUGAUGGGAAAAAGUCUGAAGAACAAAAUGCUGAGAAUACAGAUGACUCUUGUAACACUUUCUUUUGUGAAACAGAGAAAAAAAUGCAUGUACCUCGUGCCAUAUUCAUAGAUUUGGAACCUACUGUAAUUGAUGAAGUCCGAACUGGCAAGUAUUCCCACUUAUUUCAUCCUGAGCAAUUGAUAACAGGAAAGGAAGAUGCUGCUAACAACUAUGCCAGAGGACAUUAUACGAUUGGUAAAGAAAUUGUGGAUUCAGUAUUAGAGAGGAUUCGCAAACUGACCGACCAAUGUAAUGGUCUGCAAGGAUUUUUGAUUUUCCAUAGCUUUGGUGGUGGCACUGGUAGUGGUUUUACUUCUUUAUUAAUGGAACGUCUCAGCGUAGAUUAUGGUAAGAAAUCUAAAUUAGAAUUUUCCAUUUACCCAGCUCCACAAAUUGCUACUGCUGUUGUUGAGCCAUAUAACUCUAUUCUGACAACUCAUACUACACUAGAACAUUCCGAUUGUUCAUUUAUGGUUGACAAUGAAGCCAUCUAUGAUAUAUGUAGGCGUAAUUUAGACAUUGAUCGUCCAAGCUAUACCAAUCUAAACCGAUUGAUUGCUCAAGUAGUCAGUUCCAUCACAGCCUCAUUACGGUUCGAUGGAGCCCUUAAUGUAGAUUUAACUGAAUUCCAAACCAACCUUGUACCUUAUCCAAGAAUUCACUUUCCAUUGGUAACUUAUGCUCCAAUCUUAUCUGUUGAGAAAGCUAAUCACGAACAGUUGACAGUUUCAGAGAUUGCCAAUGCAUGCUUUGAGCCAUCUAACCAGAUGGUUAAAUGUGAUCCACGUCAUGGAAAAUACAUGGCUUGUUGCAUGUUAUAUCGUGGAGACGUAGUACCAAAAGAUGUCAAUGCGGCUAUUGCUACAAUUAAAACCAAAAGGUCUAUACAAUUUGUUGACUGGUGUCCAACUGGAUAUAAAGUUGGUAUCAAUUAUCAACCACCAACAGCAGUGCCUGGUGGAGAUUUGGCUCAAGUACCACGAGCAGUGUGUCUUUUAAGUAACACAACAGCCAUUGCUGAAGCUUGGGCCAGGCUAGAUUUUAAGUUUGACCUCAUGUAUGCUAAACGUGCAUUUGUUCAUUGGUAUGUUGGUGAAGGUAUGGAAGAAGGAGAAUUUUCAGAAGCAAGAGAAGAUCUGGCUUCAUUGGAAAAAGAUUAUGAAGAAGUUGGAUUUGAUACAGAAGAUAUUUAUCCUGAAGAAGAAGAACUAGAAGAAUAUUAAAUAGAAAUAUUAUCUCCCCUGCAGCAUUAUCAUAGCUUAAAAUAUUCUUCCACGUUAUUACUUAUAAAUUUCAAGAAUAAAUUCAGCUUUGAAAAAUAUAAAUUAUCAUGUGAUUUCAAACUAUAACAAUGGUAGCUUUAUUUAUAACUUGCAAAUGAAUUUUUUUUAACUUCUUUUAAAGGAGUUUUAUUUUUUGGUAAACAUUAAGGAUCUUUUUUUUUUUUAAGUUCAGAGAUGAACUUUUUUUAUGCAGAAUUUUACAACCAAAUGCUCUUCCUAACACCUACUUCAUUGUUGAUUUACCAAAGUUUGUCUUCCUGUCUGUCACCUUUUACACACACAAAUUAUACAAGCAGGCAGCUUUAUUAUUUUAAGAAAGCAUAAUGCAGUGAUAAAAAGGAUUAAACAAUCAAUUUAUACUUGUUUAAUCUAAACUAUAUCCAUAUAUAUUUUCAGAGAAAUUAUUUAAUUAAUGCCUAAUUAGCAUUUUUUGUUCAUUUUUUUAAUUUUAUGACUAACCAAAAAGUUAAAGGUUGUUAUGGUUGUAACAUUGCUGAGAUUCUACAGCAGAAUAUCAAUAUUGAUGUUAUUAUUGGAAACUAACGACUUACUUAUAUGGAAGUAUAUAUACCACUUGUGAUAUAUAUUUAUACCACUUGUGCUAAUUAAGUUCUUAGAGCAAUUAUAUUUUCACUUCUUUUUAAAUUUUUAUAUCAAGGAACAAAUAUAUAUACACACACACACACACGAUUGGGUGUGCUCAACGCACAACAGUUAAACCAUUCAGGUUUUGGCUCUAAUGUUAAUUGCGUUAAACUCCCACCGUUGCAUGUAUGUAUGUAUGUAAGCUAUGUGAUCUUCAAAUUUACAGAUUUAGGGAAGUGUUUUAAAUUUAAUCAAUGAUUUCUCAAUUGCUGCAAUUGCAACUUCAAUAUAGCUUGUUAUUAUCACUGGAAAGUCAGUUAAUAUGAUUUGAGGUGUUAUAGAGUUUGUUAUUGACACAAGACUAAUGUGAAUUUGACCUGUUAUAGGGUUUGUUAUUGAUAUGUUGCUCAAUAUAGUUUUGACUAACUGCAAGAUUAAUCAUUGACUUGUCGAGCAGUAUGGUUUGAUAUUCUAUAUGUUAUGCUUAUGCCAAGUAAUAUAAUUGAAAAGUUUAUGGUUUGUUAUGAUGAUAUGUUAACUACUGGUAUGGGUUUUCCUGAAACAAGAUUUAUCAACAUGUUAACUAGUAUGGUUCGAUGUUCUGUUGUUUGUUAUGUGCGUUGUUAUUGAUAUGACAACUAGUAUGGCCUGGCAUGUUACUGUAUUGUUAGUAUGGCAAUUAACAUGGCUUGACAUCUUACAACUAACAUUCAAUGUUUAAUGUAACAUGCUCUGCUUGUCAUGAUAGUAUAUACCACUGAUAUAACAUGAUGCAUUAUAAAGUUCUUAUUGAAGUGUGAACUACACUGUUCCAAUACUGAUUACAAGCCAUAGAGGUGUUGGGGAUAAUAUCAAUUAGUUUAUUUAUUAAUUUAUUUAUAAGUUACUAGCAAAAUUAAUAUUAACUGAUUAACAUGAACUUAUGCUGUUUUGCUAUAUUUACAAUAGUUCUGCUAAUGUAUAAUAAUUAUGUUUAAAUAAUUAUUAAUUCUAGUGUAUGUUGACCAUUUUAAUUGUUCAAAUCAAUGUUAAGUUGUCUGUUUGUAAACUGAUACAGUUGUUUAACCUCAUUUCAAUUUUUAAAAAAUUACAAAAUAACAAAAGCUUCCAAGGAAAUAUCUUCCAUAAAAGAAUACAUAAAUGCGAAAUAAAUGUUUUUUAAACACUA